GCAUCGAAUCCAAUAAAUUCUCCUCCCCCUGCCGGCCCUGCCCAUUCAGUGUAAAGGUACAUCCAGGUGUGAGUCUCCGAUUGAAUAUCAUCACCACGUGUUUCCGAUAACGUCAUCGAUGGCCACAAAGUUUUAUCUCCCUUUUUAUCUGAUAAAUUGACUGAGCCAGAAAAAUUCCAAAAAUUCAAUUCCGCUCUCCCCCGUCGACGAGCCAAGAGUCCGCCUCAGCGACUUUCGCUGGUGUAUUUGACCGGCAGAGAGCUUUUGUUCGCCUCGCCAAGAGGUUCCCAAGUCCAAUUCCUCAGUCGCAACAACAAACAUCGAACACCACAAACCUAUCCAACGUGACAAUGAACAAUCGGGUUAUCAUAUCGAUGAGAAAAAAAAAUACUUCAACCAAUAAAAAAUCAUGGUUAUUGUUGUCAAGUGAUAUUAUUUGCAUUUUGAGUUCACGGACAUUUUGACGUGUGCAUUGCACGUCGAGCAAGUGUGUGGGGCUUAAUAAUUGGUCUUGGUUGCACCGUUAAGAAACUCUCGGACGGAGUAAUAAUUGAAGGGGGAAGAAAGAAGCCUGGGGAAGCCAGAGGGAUUGAAGAGUGAGGCAACGACCCCUCGGUGGCCUCUUGCCAAUCAUUGAAGGCCACAAUCCCUCGUCGACCAGUAGAGAGACACUGAUAAGGCCCCACGAGGGGUGACAAAAUUGUGGUAGGAGAGUGUUCAACAAAUCCCGACAAAAUAUUAAAGAGUGAAAAAAAAAUAUCUAAUGGAAGGAUUUUCAUUGGUUCAGAUGUGUGAUCGAGACGAACAUUUCUUGGAGUGAAAAUAUGCUGGGGGGUACAGUAUCGAGUUCAGUUACGAUCGGCUAUUGACAGUACAUUCAGUGAUGUGAGACCUUUCGUCCUGAUGAUCGGAAGAAUAUUGUUAUUUUGAUAUUUCUUCUGUCACGGAUGACCGAUCAUUCAUAUUACCAUUGGAUUCAAUGACCAGAGACGUCCGGAAUGAAUUUUAGAAUGUUCAUUUGAUCGUCUUUGGGGACUUAAUUUUAUAUUUAAUUUGCGUGACAUUGAAUGAAGUGUUUCAAUUGUUAGAAAUUUUUAGAAUUGCAUUUGCAAAAUGACUGGACUCAUUGAGAUAUUCCUGUUCUGCGGUGUUCUGUACUACUUCUAUAACACAAGAGGAAGUAACAUGGUGGACGUCCUGUCUACUCGUCUUCAGGAAGUCUACGCCAAGUGGGAGACACGCACUGACGUACCGAGGGAGGCAGAGGAAAGUUUUUCGAGACUUUCGUUAGACGGCCUUCGGAGAGUUGGUACCCAAAGCCAAAGAAAGCGCCUCCAGAUUCGUGAGCAGGCUCGUAAAAUUCGAGCAAACUCCCUAAUAAAAAUAAAAGAGACUGAGUUACUUGUCCCAGCACCAUCCAACGCCCCGACCAUCUCUUUUAAAUGCUGUACAACAUGCACGCCCGGAUCUCGAGACUCAUUCGCGAGCAUUGCAGCCCAACAGCUGCAGUCCAGUGGGAGGAACCUCCUCCUGGUUGAGCCAGGCCCCUCUCUCGUCUCCAAAAUCUUCAAACACCUCUCCUUUGUCUACAACGUGAAAAAGUUCGACUAUCCCAGAGUCACGCAUACUGUUCUCAACGACGAAAGACUGAGAGACGCGAUUCACCUGACAGCUGCGAAAGCCGUCGAGGAGGAUGGGGUGCCCGAAAGAGAAGCCCUCCAAGACGCCGAGAGUCGUGCGAAGCAGAUUCUGAAGAUGAUGGAGAGUUCAAUGAGUGACAUGCUCCUCAGAAUAACUGCCUGGGUGCUGUACAAACUUCUCCCUUUCUUCAUAAAAUCCCUAGUUGUGCAGCAGUCACAGAUCGAGAUGCUGAAGAAGGCAGAUCGCACUGGUGUACCACUCGUCAUCGUUCCCCUCCACAGAAGCCACCUGGACUACAUAGUCAUCACCUUCUUCAUGUUCGUCAACAAUAUCAGAAGCAGUCUCAUAGCAGCUGGCGACAAUCUCAGGAUUCCCCUCUUUGGUAGAAUUCUCAAUGGCUUGGGUGCUUACUACAUCAAGAGACGAAUUGAUCCAGUUCUUGGGAAGAAGGACAUUCUUUAUCGUGCUACACUUCAGACGUACGUCAUGGAGAGCCUCCGAGCUGGUCAUAAUCUCGAGUUCUUCAUCGAGGGAGGUAGAACGAGAACAGGCAAGCCAUGUCUACCUAAGGCUGGUAUUCUCAGUAUAAUUGUCGAGGCGUAUCUCGAUGGUACCAUUGAGGACGCUCUGGUGGUGCCCGCGGCGGUCAACUAUGAACGUUUGGUUGAUGGGAAUUUCAUCAGGGAGCAGCUGGGACAGCCCAAGCAGAUGGAGACCUUUGGCAACGCCAUUCGAGCCAUCUGGUCGACCAUCAGAGGAAAUUAUGGAAUUGUUAAGGUCAACAUGUGUGAACCUUUCUCACUGAAAGAGAUGGUCAGAUUCAUUGACAUUCAGCUGGCGAAACAGGGGAGUGUUGCGAAACCUGUGGAGAAGCCACUCAAGAAUACCAUGUCCACUUCUUCGCUGUUCGGAACCGAUGUCAUGGAUGAUGAACACAAGCAGCUCGUUGAGUCUCUGGGGAGACAUGUUGUUUAUGAUGCUGCAAACGCCAGUCCUAUAAUGUCAACAAAUCUCGUGGCCUUCAUUCUCCUGAAUAAAUACAGAGACGGCUGCACAAUGGACGAGCUCGUUGACAUCUUCAACUCCCUGAGGCAAGAGUUGGAAGCAGCAGGCAAAGAUCUCGCUUUCUGUGGUGAAAGUUUAGACAUAAUAAAUCACGCAUUAACGAUACUGGGCCCUGGACUAGUGAAGCAACAACGUCAGGAAGUGAUGCGCAAGAUGGUGGACCAGACGACGAGGAAAGAAUUCGUGACAGCCAUCACUCCCAUAUCUAUUCUUCCAAAUGUCGUGGAGCUCGCUUACUACAGCAAUGGCGUCAUCUGCCACUACGUUAUGGAUAGCAUUGUUGUUUCAGCGCUGUACGCCACCCUGAAAACCGAGAUCAAUGACCCGAGGGCCAUCGCAGAGAACGACUUAACAGUAUUCCAUAAUAGUUUGAGUGAGAAGGCACGGGCUCUCUGUGAUAUCCUCAAGUACGAAUUCAUAUUCACUCAGCCCUGUCAGGACCUCGAAGACACGAUUGCCAAUGCUAUUCAGCGUCUCGUGCACUCUGGAAUCAUCAGAACUUGCGAGGAGAACCUCCUGGAAGAGGAGCAAUGGAGUAGAAGAUUUGCGAAGACCUUCGAUGAUAGCUCUGAUGAGGAGGCUGCUGUGGUCUAUGCCAGUAAGAAAAUCAAGUACAAAUUGAAUUUGGAACCUGAGUCCUCGGGGAGGAUGGAGUUCCUUCACACUGUGUUGAGGCCACUCAUUGAUACUUACACGUUCAGUGCCUUUACGUUGAGGAAAAUUGUGGGACGAUCGUUGACUGAAAGGGAUUUGGUGCAGGAAAUUUUUGUCGAGAUUAAGACUAAUCUUGAUAGGGGUAUUGUCAAUUAUGGGGAAAGUUUAAGUGUAGAUACUAUAAGGAACGCUGUGAAAACGUUUGAGAAGUGGAAUGUGCUGGAGUGCCAUCCACAGGAGAAAACCAAAAUAUAUUACCUCAAAGAUGAAUACGACAAUGAUACGGCAGCUAAUGCAGUCUUUGAGAGCAUCGAUACAUUUAAAUGGACCCGAACCAUCAACUAAAGAGUCUGUUUAAUAUACUUUAAACCAUGUAAAUAUAUCAUAAUAGGUUUAAGAGUUAUUCGAAAUGUGAAGAACGUGCCAAAUGAAACCUGUCCAUUACGUUUUUAUAUGCGAAAAAAAUAUGGAAAUUAUUUUGAAUAUUCUGAGAGUUACAAUUAAGGAAUUUGUUAGGAGAAUUCUGGAUACAAAUAAGUUUUGUUAUGUAUUCAAUGGAUCUAGUUUAAUUCGGAGAGUAAAACGUUAUUUCAUUA